ACUUAAAUGUUGUAAUUGUCGUCGGAUACUAACAAAAACAUAUAACAAACGAGUUAUAACCGACGAACACAGGAGUACAAUAGCACAAUACGUAUUCUACUGUAAUGAAGAUUGUCAGACAUUUUUGUUUUUUUCUUUCCUUUUGGUUCAUGUCAGUUAAUGGGGAAACAAAUAGAUUUGUAUUUAAAAUUAAAUCUAGAUUCCAUGAAUUCGAAAAACUUCUGAGUGUGUACAACUUUACGGAUAUGCUGAAGAUAACUCCAAGCGUAUUUAGUUUUAAAUAUGACGGUUUUGAAAGUCGAAUAAAGACAGAACAAGUGUUAACAGAAGUGAAGAGAGAUCUUGCAGAUGCAGUAAUUGAGAUCGAGCAAGCUAAGGUAUUAACUAUCGGAAAAAAUUGGAUCCUCGCUGAUGAAAAACACGAAGGGGAUGAACAAGAUGUUAUUGGUGAUGAUGUCAAUUCAGAAUUAGCUUAUGAUACUACAAAAGAGGGCAAUAAACACAAUGCUUUUGGGAUGAACGUCGAAAGAGCAUGGUCAAAUGGUGCUACUGGUGAAGGAAUCAAUAUAGCGGUGCUUGAUGUCGGCGUAAACACAAACCUUACUGAUCUGAAAAGAAAUAUCAAUAUGGUGCUUGCAAAAAACUUCAUUGACAACACGCAUAAUGUAGUACCAGAGCAUUUUCACAGUUAUCAAGCGGAAUCGCUUUACAUUGUUGACCAUGGAAACAGAUGUACAAGCGUUAUUGCUGCUGAGAGAGGCAAUGGAAGAUGUGGUGAUGGCAUUGCGUACGAGGCAAAAGUCGUUCCUUUGAAAGUAUUCGAAGUCAUGGAGAGAAAUCAUCACUUUAGAAUUUCCAUUACUUCGGAUGUUGUUGCUGCUGGACUUGCGCAUGCGCCACAACAAAUUCAUAUCUAUUCCAAUAGCUGGUCCCCAACAGACAAGUUUGAACCACUAGACUUGUCAAUGCGCGAAGCUAUUCACGAAGGAGUUAUGAAUGGUCGUGGAAAACUUGGAUCAAUAUAUGUCGUUCCGGACGGUUCAGAAAAGAUUUCUGGCAGUGGAUUGGCGAACAGUGUAAAUACAAUUACUGUAAAUUAUGUCGGUUUCAAUGGACAGCUACCAAGGAGUCCACAAGUUAGUGCGAGCGUAUUGACGUCAGGCCUAGGGGAAGGAAAUAGAAUCUACACCUAUGGUAUUCUGACAUCAACUUUAAACGACAAAUGUAUAAAAUCAUUUAAAGGAGGAUCAGCUGCUGUUGCAGAAUUAUCAGCUAUUAUUGCCCUUGUUUUGCAAGCAAGGCCAGUUCUUACGAUGCGAGACAUUCAGCAUUUACUGGUUGAAUCAUCAACUUCAAAAGAGCUCGGAAAAUCAGUUAAAUUUGAGAGGAACGCAGCAGGAAAGUUAUUUAAUUCUAUAAUCGGAUUUGGAUUAAUUGACGCUGGUAAAAUGGUUAACCUUUCCAAAUCUUGGACAUUAGUUGAAAACCUACACAGUAACACAUUACACAGGCUUGGGGAUGUAAGUAAAGACAGGAAUACUCACAACAAUUUACAAUAUGAUAGUGAAGCAAUGACGUAUACAAUAUCUUUUAAAAUGGACGAAAAUAGAUGCGGUCUACAAGUCCUUAAAGUAGAACAUGUCAUUUUAUUUAUGAACUACUACAUUAUAACUCAACGAUCUUUAAUGUUAAAAAUAAUUUCUCCAGGCGGAACACAUUCAAUCAUUGUUGAUAACAGUGAUGACCCAACAUUCAGUACAGAUCAGUCUGAUAGAAAUCUAACCAGUGUCCACUUUUGGGGCGAAUGUCCUAUUGGCAUAUGGAGAGUUGUUAUUCAGCUUUCUCAAGAAAUAGGCAAGUUUAGCUAAAGAAAUAAUUUAUACGCUUAAUCGUCAUACCUUAUCAUUUAAUGCCAUUAAUGUU